AAGCAGGAACUUGCUCGCAACUUUACAAUGCUCAACAACCUGGCCAUCUCCACCUCCGUACUCUCGUUCUUCGUGCUGGCAGACACGUACGGCAAGUAUGGCCUGGCGUACGGCGGCCCCGUCAGCGUGAUUUGGGGCUGGGUAAUUUGCUCCGCCUUCAGUUUGGUGGUGGCGUUCUGCCUGGCUGAGCUGCUGUCCGCGUAUCCAACAAGCGGCGGCAUCUAUUACUGGUCCUGGGUUCUGGCGCCUGUACGGCAUCGUACGGCUAUUUGCUGGAUGGCUGGAUGGCUCAACCUGCUAGGACAGGUGGCUUUCACUGCGGGUCUGGAGUACAGCCUCGCCGAGGCCAUCGCAGGUGUCGUGUUCCUUCAGACCGGGGGCCCGUCGGGUAGCGGACUGCGGCUGUCUAAGACGGCGCUGUUUGGAAUCAUGGCGCUCAUGUUACUGGUUCACUCCAUCCUCAACUCCCUCACAUCCGCCAUUACCGCCUUCACAAAUAUGGUGUCAUUCUUUUGGCACGUGAUUGCCACUCUGGCGCUUUGUACGGUAAUACUGCUUACCGCGCGGCCGCUCAAUUCAGCGCAGUACGUUUUGACCACGUGGGCGUCCGACAUGGGGGAACAUGGUACGAGCCCCGGCUACACCUUCCUAAUGGGGCUGCUCAUGUCACAAUGGACCAUCAUGGGCUAUGACGCCAGCAUCCAUGUUGUGGAGGAAACCAUCGACGGCGAGAACGCCGGCAGCUUGGCACUUGUGGGCUCCGUAUGCGCGUGUAGUGGCCUGGGCUUCGUGCUGCUGCUGAGCCUCACUUUCGCCAUGCCGAGCAUGUACAACAUUCUAAAUCAGGACAAUGCUACGGGAGGUCAUGGAGCCAUUCUGCAGCUCCUUUGGGACGUGUUUAAAAAGCGGUACGGAAAUGGGUACGGCGCGCUCGGCCUGUCGUACAUCCCCCUGAUUGGCCUGUUCUUCUGCGCCAACGCGUCGCUGUGUGCAAAUGCGCGAAUGGCUUACGCCUUCAGCCGCGACGGCGCCAUGCCGGGGGCGCGCAUCUGGCGGCGACUGACCCAGCGGUCACGGUUACCUGUCAAGGCUUGCUGGCUGAUGGCGCUGCUGGCGCUGCUGCUGGGGCUGCCAUGCGUGUACAAUGACUUGUUCUUUGCCACUGUGAGCGCUGGAAGCGUUGUGGCGCUGUCUCUGAGCUAUGGCAUCCCCAUAUGCCUUCGGAUUUUCCACGACAAGCAUAGCUUUCUUCCGGGGCCCUUCAAUUUGGGCCGGGCAGGCAGAACGCUGGCGGUCGUGGCGUGCUCCUGGAUCUUGCUGACGAGUCUGGUAUUCACGCUUCCUACAUCCUACCCUGUGACGCCGGGCUCGGCCAACUACACCGCCGCACUCAUCAUGGCAGUACUGGCAGUGGCCGCAGUGCUGUUCUACGCGCCUGGUUUCGGAGGCAAAGUUUGGUUCACGGGGCCAGCACCCAACCUCGAUUAA